ACUGCGAAUAACCUCACUUCAACAUCUUGUGCUUACAGCGCUGCUUUAUGAUCAUAUAUUUAGACGAAUUAUCAUUAUUAUUACCUUUCAACAUUAUCCUCUUCCUUAAAUAGGUACCUACCUACCUAACCUACUUACACAUAUACCCCUGAUUAGACAUCAGUUGUAUAAGUUUUGAAGUGUCUAUACCGUCUUUGUGACCAUAGUCCGCUAUUAGGACUUCCGCGAUCUAGCAAUUUCCCCUCAAUAACACUUGCCUUAGCGAUAUGCGAGAGCUAUGGCAACAGGACCGCAAGCUUUCUAUUGCCUAUGGCAAAAGAAGGUUAUCCGUGAGAAGCUCUUCCAAUUAUUAUCAAAAGAAGAUAUCUGCAAUGUUCGACUCUCAUCCUCAGCAUGCUGCAAUCUCGUUACCAAACGGCUAUUUCUACGAACCCACUUGACCUUCACCUCCACUACUUUCACUCGACAGAGCAGAAUCGAAGCGCUGUCGAGGAUAGGCCAUCAUAUAGAACAUCUCACCUUUUAUUUCCCGCACUCAGAAACUACCUUCUUAGCUCCCCUAGUUCAUCCCGAGACAGGGCGUGAGAUCAGCUUCCUUUACAAGCCUCAUACGUCCAUGGCGUCUGUCCUGGAAAGGCCUAAGUUCGCCAACUCUGGGCUUGGUGAAAUCCUUACAGAACAGUAUCCACCACUCUUUCAUGCCGCAUCUAACGUUCCAUCUUUCAUCAAUGCGAUGAAGCACUUGCCCAAUAUGAGGCACCUUACCAUCAGGACGCCUGGCCAGAAUCCUAAGGAAAGGUACCGGAGAGAUAUUGUCGACUAUGCGCUUAUUAGCCUCCGAAUAUCUCUGGAACGGGCUCCGAUGAAAAGGCUCACCAAGCUUUCGCUAUCCUCUGUCCAUCCCUCUGCAUUUAUCUACUUGCGACAUGUUAUAGGAUUUGGCUGUCUACCAUCAGCUGCUCGGAGAUGGAAGCAAAUCAAGAAAUUGAACAUCUCUGUUGAAUCAUGGGACUUCUAUGGGCCGUCGCCUGGACUCGAUCAUCUGAAGAUGAUCGAUGAUUACAUCCGCGACUUUUCAACGAGCUUAGAAAAGUUGACAUUCAAUUGGUUGGGCCGAAAGGGACCAUGCCCAUUAUCACUUGCGGCUGACCCCUUAUUCGCGCCGCCUCGCAGUUCACAGAAACUUUUCAAUGAAGUUACUUCGCCUAUGUCGCCAUUACCCCCGGCGCCCUCCAGGAAGCCUAUUGUAUUCCGGAAAUUACGUUUUAUGGCUGUUCAGAACGCCACGAUGAGCUCUUCGCAAGUAGCAGAUUUGGUCGCGACGCAUCGACACAGCGUUCGCGAGUUCGACUUUGAAAACGUAGUUCUAAUCAAUGACGGUAGCUGGGAUGAUGCACUAGCCCCUCUAUUGAACAAAGCAUCCCGUGGUAGCCGCUGGAUCCGACAGUCAAUGGCUACCAUCACUGAAGAUGAAAGUGUUCAUUCGUUGGACCUGGCAGAAAAUUUGGUAGACGAUCUCUCGGCAGAUUCGCCAGCUGUUUCGGCAGCGUCGCAAGAGCUUCUAGCCCUUGAUCUAAAUGGAGGCGAAGGUGAAGAAGAAGAAGAAGAGGAUGAUGAUGAACUAGUAGAGCAAAACGAUGAAUAUGAUCUACCCUCCGAUCUAGAGGCUGCUAGGCAAGCUAGCCUUUCGUUUCCAAAUAAACUUAAGAAGCGCAAAGUUACAAAGCGUCGUCGAAGAAGGAAGGAUACGCAUGAAUCUCGCGAAGAUAAUAAAAAAGAGUCUCACAAGCGACAUCAUCACCGGAAACCCUCCGAAGACUCCAUUGACCAGCCUAGUGAUGAACGUCGGCGUCAUCGGCGCCACCGACAUCAGAAACCCCAAGAGUCCUUUGAAAGGCAGCAAGAGAGUCUUAGUUCUGGUCAGAGUAGUCGGCCCUCGGAUGAGUUUCCUAGCUAUCCCCACGAGCCACCGCCAGUGUCCAUCUCACCGCGAAGCUCUCGUCACCGCUUGUUUGGCGAGAUCGAGAGCGUCUGCUCAACAUCGUCACGCCGCCUCUUUGGCGAGGUGUCGCUACUCAUUAACUCCGGGUCGGAGCCGGAGCUCUCACACUCCCCUAUUGACGACUCGGACUCGGUCGUCGACGAGUACUUCCGUCCUAGUACGCCUACUACUACGCCGAUGGACAUCUCGGCGCCUAUACUUAACACGGCGCCUAGCAUGCCUAUAUUGCUAGAGCCUCACGUGUACGAUCCAACUGCGGAGCUGUGCUGCGAGAUCACGGCCGUGCAACGCGAUAUCGAAGCGGAAGAAGCGCAAAGGCGCGUAGCCGAGGAUGCGGAGUUGCAGACGAGCGCGUUGAAGAGGGCGAAAGAGCUCGUGCUGAGUCGCCUGGGUCGGGAGUUCUCGUCUAAUAAUAGUAAUAGCAGCAACGGCUUCGGGAAGAGGGGCGUCGCGGGUCCUAAUAAAAAAGAGAGUCUGGGCGCGGGAAGUUUCCUCAGCAGCGCGAGGUUCCGGGAGGGGUUGUUUGGGAAGAGCACGUCCAGUGUGAGUGGCACCUUGCUGUCCAUACAGGACCACAGGAGCAUGGAUGUGCCAAUCUUGUUUAGUCGGAGUUAAUGAUACCCAAUGAGGAAAAGGGGGACCGGAUGUAUUAACAUAAGGUAUGAUUUGAUGUGCUUAUGACUGUGAUGAUUUAUGACUUAUUACUACUACUAUUAUUAUUACUUAUACGAUCGCUUGAAUGAAAACUAUAUUCCUUUUGCUCAUAUA